CUCAAUGGGGCUGUCUAUUUUUAACUUCCUGUUCUUUCCUUUUGGCCCGGACAAUCAGUGUGAGCAGAGAGCGCUCCCUGAAUGAGCCCCUGCACCCAGCAGCCUCCUGACAUGACCAGCAGACAAGCCUCCUUACCAGGGCUGCUCAGGGUUUAAACCCAGUGUCUAAAGUGCCAUGUCCUGCAAAGAAAGUCCCCGUGUGGGUGUUUCCACCACCACUGUCAGCUCAGUAGCCGUGCAAGCCGGGGACUCCAAGAUCGUGAUAGCCAUUGUCAAGUGCGGCAAGUGGGUCCAACUCCAGCUGGCUGAAUCGCAGCCCAAUCUUCUGGAAAUCGGGACCAGUCAAGAUGAAACCAAGAAACUGCUUCAGGACCACGAGCUUCUCCUGGCCAAGCUUAAGGCCUUGGAAGAUCGUGUGUGGGAACUCUUACAAGAAGCAGACAGGACAGCGGAAGCAGACAAGGCCCAGAGUCAGGUGUAUGAUGCCAUGGCCCAGACUCUGGCGGAGGCGUGGGCAACCCUGGUCUCCAUGCUUGAAAGAAGAAGGGAGCUCCUUGGGCUGACUUCCGAGUUUUUUGAACGUGCUCUGGAGUUUGCUAUAAAAAUAGACCAAGCUGGAGAUUUUCUGCAGCACCCGCAUGAGUACCAGAGUGCUGAUGCCUUACAGUCGCUUCUUCAGCUUCAUGACUGCCAUGCCAAAGAACUCUUGGAAAGAUCUCUCGUCCUUUUAAACAAAAGCCAACAGCUCACUGACUUCAUAGAAAAAUUCAAGUGUGAAGGAUCUAGUGUGAACUCUGAGCUGAUUCAGGGAGCACAGAGUAGCUGUCUGAAGAUCGACAGCCUCCUGGAACUUCUCCAAGACAGGAGACGACAGCUGGACAAGUGUUUGCAGCAGCGGCGGCAGGAAUUGGCUCAGGUUCUACAGGUCUGUCUGUGGGACCAACAAGAAAGCCAGGUUUCUUGCUGGUUUCAGAAAACAAUAAGAGAUCUGCAGGAACAGAGUCUGGGUUCGUCACUUUUGGACAACAAGGAGCUAAUCCGUAAGCAGGAAGACCUGAUGGUCAAAGCAAAGGAAUGGAAUUCAGCCACAGAGAAGCUGAAGAGCCAGGCUGUGGGCAUUCUACUGUCAAAGAACUUGCCAGAAAAGGAACAACUGCAGCUCUCUAACCAGAAACUGAAUCAGCUUCAGGAAGAGUUUGGACAGCUCAUGGUGGAAAGGAAAACCUGGUUGACAAUGGCAAAUGACUUCUUUAACAGUGCUAACAAGGCAUUUGAUGUACUUGGGAAAGUUGAAGCUUACCUUAAGCUCCUUAAAUCAGAGGGUUUAAGCCUGCCUGUCUUGGCAGCAAAGCAUGAGGAAUUACACAGAGAAAUUAAAGACUCCACAGCCGAGGCUCUGCAAAAGGGUCGAAACUUAAUCAGCCAAGCAGACUCCUGCCGCUCUUGGGUGACAGGUAUCCACGAGAUGAUGGGAUGCAUUCAGAAACGAGUGGAGCAUCUCAGCGAACAAUGUACAGCACACAAGGACUUUGCUCGCAAGAGACAGCAACUGGCAGCAUCAGUGGAAAGCUACCUGAGGAAGGUGGAAACGUCAAUCCAGGAAAUCAGGCCGAUUCUUGCUAACACACUGGAUGUUGGUUCCAGCCCUUCUGAAUCAGAGAAGAUUUUGAGUAAAUAUCAGGAAUUAAAUAUCCGAGCCAAGGAGACAGCACAUGCAUUAGAAACGGCUGCAAAAAUCGUGACAGAGAAAAAUGAACUUGAACUCAGCGAAGUGGCAGUGCUUUCUCUUAAAGUGAAAUGGCUAGAAGAAGAAUUAAACACACUUGGUCGAAGCAUCAGCUACAGGUCACAAGUCCUGCAAACUUCUGUGGCGUUUCGAACGUCAUCUGAGGAGGUAGAGGAGCAGCUUCGAGGCCUAAAGGAAUUUUAUCUGACCGAAACCCCUCAGAAGGAUGAGCACGAUGCUGCAGCCAAGCGCUGUUCUAACUCGGCUGAGAGGAGAUGGCAGAUAUUUUUAAAGAAGAGUUUUCUGACCCAAGACUUGGGGCUUGAGUUCCUUAACUUAAUAGCUAUGGCAAAAGAGAAUGAGAUAUUAAAUGUUGAAAAUGAAACCCACAUUACGGAGAACAUUAUGGAAAAGCAAACAACUGCAAGGGAAGAACUCAGCCACCUCCGAAUGGCCUGGCACUUCAAAGCCACCGAAGGCAAGCCUGUGGGACAGCAGUGGGAAGCAUUCAAAGAGAAACUUAAACAGACUAUGCACAGUGUGAAGCUUCUCCAUGAAGUUCUCAUGCCCGUCUCUGCACUCGACCUUGGAGGGAGCCUCAAGACCAUGUCAGAUCUGCAAAGAAGGUGGAAUGCGAUGAAGCCUCAGCUCCAGCAACUGCAUGAGGAGGUCCAGCAUAUCGUGAAGGAGUGGGAAGGGUUAAGUGGUCAGGGGGCCCCCCUGAAAGAGAAGGCUGAACAACUGAAGGACCUUAUCCAUCUCCACCAGAGGCAGAGAGAGCGAAUCCAGGACUAUGAGGAAAUCCUGUACAAGACAGUCCAGUUCCACCAAGUCAAGGAAGAACUGAUGCACUUCAUCAAAUCGAGAGAACUGGAGUUUCUGGCCCAGCCCAUGGUACUGGGAGGUUCUAAGGAGAUCCAGAGGCAACUGGUCUGUUCUCAGCAAAGACGGGCGCAUGUAGACCAUCUCCAUCGGCUGGCCCUGUCCUUAGGAGUGGACAUCAUUUCGUCUGUGCAGCAACCUAAUUGCUCCAGUAUUUCUGCAAAGAACCUGCAGCAGCAGCUGGAGGCCCUUGAACGGGAUAGCAGGAACUGGAGUGCCAAAGCCAAAGAAUAUGAACAGGUCCUGUCGUGCAGCUUGGAGUACUGCGCCACACAAGACGAGAUCAAUGAGGUCAAAGAGUCAUUCAAAGAUAUAAAAAAGAAAUUCAACAAUCUUAAGUUUAAUUACUCCAAGAAAAAUGAAAAAUCUCGGAACCUAAAGACUCUUCGAUAUCAAAUCCAACAAGUUGAUACAUAUGCUGAAAAAAUUCAGGCUUUGAGGAAGAAAAUGGAAAAAGUUAAUAAUAAGACACCAGAUUCAUUCUUAAGUUACCCAAGUGAUAAAACCAGCGUCCUGUUGGGAGCCAUGGAGGAUUUGAAAAAGCAGGUGGAUGAUUUUGGCAAAGUUGUGACAGAUUACAAGAUGAAUUUGGACCUGACUGAACAUCUUCAGGAAGUAAUAGAAGAGUGUAACUUUUGGUAUGAUGACGCAAGCGCCACAGUUGUACGAGUUGGGAAGUAUUCCAUGGAGUGCCAAACCAAGGACGCUGUGGAAAUCCUCCACAGGCAGUUCAAUAAGUUUAUUACUCCCUCGGUGCCUCAGCAAGAAGAAAGGAUUCAGGAGGUCAUCGACCUUGCCCAGCGCUUGUAUGGUUUCGAAGAAGGGCAAAAAUAUGCUGAGAAGAUUGUCACGAGACACAAGGAGAUUCUCGAAUCUAUUACUGAAUUAUGUGUGUCUCUCAUGGAGCUUAAAGAAAAGCUGACGCAGGGAGAUGUUCCAAAGAUGAUCCCGAACUUGGAAGAGUUCCAUGAUAAUUGCAUUGACCUGCUAAAGGAGCCAGCGAGGGACAUGCAGACAACAUUAAAUGAAGGAAGGAAUGAGGGGCAGGUGCAGGGAGCAGAUGUCUCGGCCAUCAAUGGAACGAGGGAAGAUGGGCUUCCCGUGGACUUGACACAGUCCUCGUCUGACAAAGAAGGCAGUGCCCAGGGUCUGAGCCUGCUGGAAGACAUGUUGUCUGGAGAAGAAUCCGAGUGUAUCUCAUCUGAUGACAUCUCCUUGCCUCCGCUCCCAGUGAGCCCCGAGUCCCCUCUGGCACCAUCAGACAUGGAGGUGGACGAAUUUGCCAGCUCUUCUGCCCUCGCCUUCCACAUCAGCAGCUACAGGACACAUGUGGGGACUGGUGGUCUAAGGGAGGCCCAGGAGUCUGCUCUUUCCCCACCCACUGCUUUCGUUGAUGAGUGCCACAAUAAGAAAGACACAUUUACAAGUCACUUUGAGAGACCCUGCCCACAAUUCAAAGCUGAAUCCUCAUUAACCUCCAGAGGAUCAGUAGAGAUGAGUACCGAGUUGCGCAUUGAUGUGAAAUGUCCAGCGAGCAUGCCCCGUGAAGUGCAUGACAACACUUUACAGCGAGGCACCCAGGCUCAGGAGAGCCCGCUAGACACCCAAGGGAGAGUGCAUGCUGAUUCUAACGUCACUAAAACCCAAGGCAGGCUGCACGCUGCCCCUGAUGUGUCCCCUGGCCUUACCUCUCAGUCAGACACCAGCAGGAGCCAUCAGAGGCAAGUGGGUCCCCAAGGAGACAGGAAAAACUCAGCUGCUGAGAACAGCACGGUCAGCCUCGCUGGCCAGGCGCCUCAUUUCUCCAGGCUGCUGUCCAAUGUAACUGUCGUGGAAGGUUCCCCGGUGACUUUGGAAGUCGAAGUUACAGGAUUCCCAGAGCCUACACUGACAUGGUUCAAGGAGGGCCAGAAAUUGUGUGCAGAUGGACACUUACAGGUUUUGCACAAGGAUACAAAGCAUUCGGUGUUCAUCCCAAAGGUGUACGAGGCAGACGCUGGCCUCUAUGUGGCUCAAGCCCAAAACUCUAGUGGCACCCUGUCUUCCAAAGCCACCCUCCAUGUGACAGGUAACCAUGGGCCACCAAUCACAAGAAUAAACUGGAUUCUGCUAUGUAUCAUCUAUGUCAGUGUGUCUCUAAUAUACUGGCUACUUGCACAGUGAUGAGGUGUUGGCAUCAAUGGACAUGCUUGUGAGCCGAAAGGAUAAUAUGGUUAUUUUCUCACACAUCACACAAAGCACCCCUUACCAAUUUAUCUCCACUUUCACUAAUGCCACUGCUAGGUGAAAUAAUUGCA